AUGAUUAUGAGUAUUUGUACUUCAUUUAAUUUGUUAAAAGAUAACCCUUCAAAAAAAAAAAGGUUUUUCCUUGUAUGUGUUAGUAAAUUUCUUCAUACAAGUCCAUUAAAAAAAGAUAGAAAAAGUUCAACAUAUUUAAGUGUUAUUAAAAACAACUCACACUUAUGUAAACAAAAGGAAAAAGAUGGCCAUAAUAUUGAUAAAAUUGUAAGUCCCGAAAAAAGAGAAAAGUCUCUUUUUGUUCAGCAUGUCUUUAAGUGGGGAAUAGGAAAUAAAUUUCGCUCGGAUCCUGAAAAUAGAUUUCACCCCGUUCAUCUUAAUCGUUCUAAAGAAGUAACUAUUCGGAAAAGCUACUUUGAUUCUGAUAAUGAAAAUAUAAAAUAUGAAGAAUUAAAUGAGCAAUGGGAGGUUUUCUGGUUUCAAAAUAAUAAGUUAAACGCAAAACCAUUCCCUAUUAAAAAGUAUGGCAUAGAGGCAGCGAAAAAAGAAGCAAUUAAAUUUUAUGAAACCUUAAAAGUUAACAAUUAUCUAAAUACGAAGCCUCAGUUUGAGUCAGGGGUAGAAGGUGUUCAUUAUGACGUUGUAACUAACUGCUGGGUAUCUUUUUAUCGGCUAAACAAUUUUCCAGUAUCUAGAUCCUUUUCCGCUGAGUAUCACGGAUUUGAAACAGCGAAAAAAUUAGCAAUUGAACGAGUUAAUAAAUAUCAGAAAUAG